UCGAGUCCCCAUAGCAGAGCUUCUUCUUCGGCAACUUCGUGAGGAGAAAUCGAGUCGACGGUAACAAUGAGGAAGUGGGCGGUCCCGGCCGUGCUGUUUCUACUAUGCCUUCUCUUUCUUCUUCCGGAUCAAGGCCGGAAGAUACACGCCAAUGCAGAAGUUGAUUCUGAUGCACCAGUGGAUCCUCCCAAGGUUGAAGAAAAGAUUGGUGGUGUUCCGCAUGGUUUAUCCACCGAUCCUGAUGUGGCUAAAAGGGAAGCUGAGUCCAUGUCAAAGAGGACACUCCGAGCUGGUGCGGAGAAAUUUGAGUUCCAGGCUGAGGUUUCUCGGCUUAUGGACAUCAUUAUCAAUUCCCUUUACAGUAACAAAGAUAUUUUCUUGAGGGAGCUGAUCUCCAACGCUUCGGAUGCAUUGGACAAGAUCAGAUUCCUUUCACUCACUGACAAGGAUAUAUUGGGUGAAGGUGAUACUGCUAAGCUUGAGAUCCAGAUUAAAUUGGACAAAGACAAGAAAAUUCUUUCAAUUCGUGACAGAGGAAUUGGGAUGACAAAGGAGGAUUUAGUUAAGAACUUGGGAACCAUUGCCAAGUCUGGAACAUCAGCCUUUGUUGAGAAAAUGCAGUCAAGUGGAGACCUUAACCUCAUCGGACAAUUUGGUGUUGGGUUCUAUUCUGUCUAUCUUGUGGCUGACUAUGUAGAAGUUAUUAGCAAACACAAUGAUGACAAGCAAUAUGUUUGGGAAUCAAAGGCUGAUGGAGCCUUUGCAAUUUCUGAGGAUGUUUGGAAUGAGCCACUUGGCCGUGGAACUGAAAUCAGAUUGCACCUUAGGGAUGAAGCUGGUGAAUACUUGGACGAAGUAAAAUUGAAGGAUUUGGUGAAAAGAUAUUCUCAGUUCAUCAACUUCCCAAUUAAUCUCUGGGCAAGCAAAGAGUUUGAGAAGGAGGUUCCUGCUGACGAAGAUGAUGUUGAAGAAGAGGAAACAUCUGACACCAGCUCUUCUGAGGAAGAAGAAACAGAAGAGGAAGAUUCUGAAAAAGGGGAGGAUGAGAAAAAGCCAAAAACAAAGAAAGUGAAGGAAACAACUUAUGAAUGGGAGCUUUUGAAUGAUGUUAAAGCUAUAUGGCUGCGGAGUCCCAAGGAGGUGACAGAUGAAGAAUAUACAAAAUUCUAUCACUCUCUAGCCAAGGAUUUCAGUGAUGACAAGCCCCUUUCAUGGAGUCACUUCACAGCUGAAGGUGAUGUGGAGUUUAAGGCUGUUCUAUUUGUUCCUCCAAAGGCUCCCCAAGAUUUAUACGAGAGCUACUACAACUCAAAGAAGUCCAACUUGAAGUUAUUUGUCAGACGUGUCUUUAUCUCAGAUGAAUUUGAUGAAUUGUUACCAAAAUACUUGAACUUUCUGUUGGGUCUUGUUGACUCUGACACUCUACCACUGAAUGUCUCAAGAGAAAUGCUUCAACAACACAGCAGCUUAAGAACAAUCAAGAAGAAACUCAUCCGCAAAGCCCUUGAUAUGAUCCGCAGACUUGCUGAUGAGGAUCCAGAUGAAUCAAGUGACAAGGACAAAAAAGAUGUUGAGGAAUCUGGUGAUGAAAAUGAGAAGAAAGGUCAAUAUGCAAAAUUCUGGAAUGAGUUUGGAAAGUCAAUAAAGCUUGGAAUUAUAGAGGACGCAACUAACCGGAACCGUUUAGCUAAACUUCUUCGUUUCGAGACCACAAAGUCAGAUGGUAAACUAACCUCACUAGAUCAGUACAUCUCAAGGAUGAAAGCAAACCAGAAGGACAUCUUCUACAUUACAGGAACAAGCAAAGAACAGUUGGAGAAAUCUCCCUUCCUUGAGGGGCUUAAAAAGAAAAACUAUGAGGUCAUUUUCUUCACAGAUCCUGUGGAUGAAUACCUGAUGCAGUAUUUGAUGGAUUAUGAAGAUAAGAAAUUCCAGGAUGUGUCCAAAGAGGGUCUGAAGAUUAAGGAUUCAAAAGCCAAAGAAUUGAAGGAAUCAUUCAAAGACUUAACCAAAUGGUGGAAAGGUGCCUUGGCCAGUGACAAUGUUGAUGAAGUGAAAAUUAGCAACCGUUUGGCUGACACCCCCUGUGUUGUGGUAACAUCGAAGUACGGUUGGAGUGCAAACAUGGAGAGAAUCAUGCAAUCACAAACCUUAUCAGAUGCUAGCAAGCAGGCAUAUAUGCGUGGAAAGAGGGUGCUUGAGAUCAAUCCUCGUCACCCGAUCAUCAAGGAGCUCCGUGAGAGAGUAGUAAAGGACCCAGAGGAUGAGAGUACAAAGGAAACAGCACAGCUUAUCUACAAAACCGCUCUCAUGGAGAGUGGCUUCAACGUCCCUGACCCAAAGGAUUUUGCCUCUCGUAUCUACAACUCUGUCAAGUCCAGUCUCAACAUCAGCCCUGACGCUGUGGUUGAGGAAGACGACGAAGUUGAAGAAGAGGCCGAAACCAGCUCAAAAGAAGCAGAGUCUAACCCAGAAAACGCAGAAGAUGGUGCUGAUGGAAUCAAGGAUGAGUUAUAGAUUAUCUUGAAGAACAAGUCUUCUGUGACUAGCUUGUUUAUUGCAGUCCUAAAAAGACUAACGAAGAACCCCAAGUGUUAGAGUUGAUACUAGUUUGCUGUAAACACAUUUACCAGGAAUUUUGUCUUCUAAAUUUCUUUUCACUCGGUAUGGUACGGUUUUACGCUGCUUAGUCUUUGUGCAAUGCUUUGCUAUGCUAUGUAAUAUCAUAAUUUUGUUUACAA